UAUACGCUGAGCUCGCAGUGCAGGCCCGCCCCCCGCAGCCUUGGUUUUGUCGCAUGAAUCUGCUCCAAACUAGGUGGUUUGCUCCACACAAAAGUGAACUGCACUGGGACGAGAAGACGAGAUCCCGUUCUCCCACAAGCCGAAUAGAUUCCGGUUGGCAAUAUAGUUCAGAGAGGACCGUGAUUGCCGCGUUACGUUCCCUCGCUCAAGACUUUACACUACGCACAUUUGUCGCGGCUGCGGUUUUAGUUGCAAGAACCGCCCUCUUCCAGAUCCUGAGCAGCAUCAUGAACCCCGAAUAUGACUACCUCUUCAAGCUGUUGCUGAUUGGUGAUUCUGGAGUGGGCAAGUCCUGCCUCCUUCUACGAUUCGCGGACGAUUCGUAUCUCGAAAGCUACAUCAGUACAAUCGGAGUUGACUUUAAAAUCCGUACUGUCGAGCUCGACGGCAAGACUAUCAAGCUUCAAAUCUGGGAUACUGCAGGCCAGGAGCGUUUCAGAACCAUCACAAGCAGUUACUACCGCGGUGCACAUGGCAUCAUUGUUGUGUACGACGUCACAGAUCAGGAGAGCUUCAACAACGUGAAGCAAUGGUUGAAUGAGAUUGACCGUUACGCCAGCGAGAACGUCAACAAGCUUUUGGUUGGGAACAAGUGUGACUUGACGAACAAGAGGGUUGUUGACUACCAGACUGCCAAGGCCUUCGCAGAUGAAAUUGGCAUCCCUUUCCUAGAGACUAGUGCUAAGAACGCCACAAACGUCGAGCAGGCUUUCAUGACCAUGGCUGCUGAGAUCAAGAACAGGAUGGCAAGCCAGCCAGCCCUCGGCAACAAGGCUGGUGGUCAGACAGUGCGCCCUGGAGAAAGCAGGCCAUUGCAACAGAACAGCAACUGUUGCUAGUUUAUAGAAAUCAUCGCGCCAUGCUUUACAUCAGCUGUCUAAAUGAAAGCACAUAUUCAACGGGUGGCAUAGGAUAGGAUGCAUUGGGCCCAACACGGAUCCCUUGUGUCUCUCAAAGCACGCUGAAGACAACCAGCCAAGCCACGUUGAUGAUUUAGCUUUGAUCCAAAUGGACGGAAGUAAUGAGGUGAAAGUAUGGCGUGCUCCGCUGAUGAUUGUAACAGCACGGGUAGCAUCACCUGUCGCCACCGUCGCACGCAAAGUUUCGGUUCUUGAGUGUGGUUACCCGAAGUUCGC